GAGUGCAGCCAAUCAGAGUCGGCGGGGAAGGGCGGGAUCUCUUUGCGUCGUGCUAGCUCUGGGGUCUGGGCCGCUGCGAGACUGGAAGAUUUUGGUUGCGGUUGCCGACGGGGCACAGCGGCUUCGUGCUACCCGCGCGCGGGCUCCGCUCCCUGCUCGGCUAGUGGUCCCUGCCCCCUUCCCGGGCGCCUCCUGCUCCUCUUUUCUGGGGGUGGGGGAGGUGCCCGCUGGCGGCAUCAAUACCCCAGGCGGUGUGUAGACGGGGAUCUCCCGACACGCCCAGCUCGCACCACACCCCUGCUGGGGGUAGGGCUCUUGCCUGAGGGGCUCCCUGGCAACCGGGCUGCGCUACCUGUGCUGCCACCAGCCCUUCUCCCGCCCUGGGGACAUGGGGGUGGAUCUCAUCUCUCUCCCUUAGCUACGCUAGGGGUUGGGGGCCCCGGGGCCCGCUAGGAGUGGGGUGGCUCCUGCCCCCCGGGGCCCGCGAGGCGUAGGAAAGAUGUCAGAGGCAGUGCUGCUGCUGCGGCGGGUGCGGGAACGCAGCAGUGAGGGGGCCACGGGGGCCCGGAGGAAGCGGAGCAGGCGGCGCCGUUUCUACCCUGAGCAUCGGGUGUACCGGGCCCGCAGCUCCUUCCUGGACCUCAGCGAGGAGCAGGUGUUGCGGCGCUAUCGUCUGGACAAGGCAGCUAUUGCGGGGCUCUGCAGCGAGCUGGGCUCUGACCUCGAGAGCUUGACAGGUCGCAGCCAUGCCCUGCCGGUGGCUGUCAAGGUGACCUCAGCCCUCACCUUCCUGGCUUCAGGCUCCUUCCAGACAGCCACACGGGACACUACAGGCAUCAGCCAAUCAGCCAUGUCCAACUGCCUGGCCCAAUUCCUGGAGGCACUGCAGCGCCGGGCUGCCCGCUACAUUACCUUCCCAGUCCCUGUCCCCACGGCAGGGCAUGCUGAGAGCCGCUUUCCUGGGGUGCUGGGCUUGCUAGGCAGCAUGCAUGUGGCGCUGCGGGCCCCCUCAGAAAAUGAGCUUGCCUAUCGCAAUGCCCGCAACUACCAUUCCAUGAACAUGCAGGUGGUGUGUGAUUCUCAUGGCACCAUCAUCAACGUGGUGGCCAAAUACCCUGGCUCCUGCCCCAACGCCGCCGUGCUGGAGAACUCUGCCCUGGCUCGGCUGCUUGACGGAGCCCGGCUUGACGGGCUGUGGCUGCUGGGAGACCGAAGUUACCCACUGAAAACAUGGCUCAUGACUCCAAUUUUAUUCCCAUGUAGUCCGGGAGAGGAGAAGUACAAUGCCAUGCACCAGGAGGCCCUCUCGGUGCUCAAGCAGACAUGCACCCUCUUGAAAAUGCGUUUCCGCUGCCUGGAUAAAUCAAGUGGCUCCUUGCAGUACACCCCCCAGAAAGUCUGCCAGAUCUUCCUGGCCUGCUGUAUACUGCACAACAUCGCCCUGAGCCGCAGGAUGCCCUUAGACCUGGCAGAGGGGGAGGAGCUGGUGGAGGGGUCGGAUGCUGACCCAGAGCUCCCAGUGCAAACCCCCUUUGUUCAGAUCUCCAGUGAGGCCCGGGCAGUGAGAGCGCGAAUUGUGCAACGUUUCAGAGAGAGCCUGACCUAGAGCAGCAUCCUUGUCCUGCACCAGCUGCUUCUGAAACAGCUCUUGGUGGGGAAAAGGACCAGCAUGCCAAGUUUUUCCCCUCAGCAUCUGGUACAAACCAUGCACUUCACCCUCUCUAUAAGCAGCUGGAACGUAUCUUAUCCAGGAGCUGGUGGCAUUCCCAACACUGACCUGUCCUAGGAAGAGCUGCCAGCAAUUCCAGCUUCUGACACAGGAUUUCACUGUGGGAACUGCAUUUUGUUUAAAAACUUCUGACUAGUUUUUUUCCAUAGAGUAGUGACUGAGAGGAUGGUUCUAUGGGCCCGGAAGAAGCUACCACCUUUAUGCCCCAGAGCUGUUACUGGGUGUGGACUGACUGUUUCUGAAGCCAAACUGUACUUGACUCACACACAUUGUUCUUUUAGUCUAGCUGCGGGUGAGAUGAAAAAAUUCGGCUGCCCACGGAUUGCUGCUAGGCUGAAACUGGCAGCAUGGAGUGAACUGAACCCCUACAAUGAAAGGAGGGUAAUGAAUGGAAGUGGCCUUUAUUGAGAGGCAGUGUUUCCGCCUAUCCUGAGCAAAGCUCACAAGUUGCCUGUGUAGGUAGGGGUUCUAGUGGUAGUGACUCCUCCAGCCAGGGAUGUAGUGAGGACAGAUUAGUCUAUGUUCUGAAAAUGUCCAAGCCCCAGCUUGGAAAAGUGCAUGCCUGCAGCCUACUGCACUAUAAAUUAAGGAUCCCCUUCUCAAUGUCACAGACCAUCCUGCUUCUGCCUUGUAAUUCUUGAGAGCCCUGGCUAAUGCCUUCAUUUCCAAGGUAGGGUGCUAUAUGCUGGCAGGAGGGAGGGGUUCUGGCUCUUAGAUGGCACAGGCCUAACUUCACCCACUCUGCUCUGUUGGAUGCCCCUUGUGCUCUGGUUCAUGAAGCUGGGAAUCCAAGCGGGAAGUGGUGAGCAGUGGGUUGGGGACUGGGCUCAGGGCCUGGUGCACAUGAUUGGGAGAAUGGUCUCUGAGUGGAGGCAUGGUGGCCUCCUGCUAGGGAGAGGCAGAGGCACAGGCAUGAUAACACCGGUCUUCAGCAUUCUAAAGGUUAACUGUUCCUCACCCACUUUACAGUGCUAAAGUACUGAUUGCCAAGAGAUCAGUAUGCCCAUAGGAUUGCCCUGACACUGCCCAUGCCACUCUAGGGCAGCUUGUGGAUGAAGGGGGUGCAGGCAAUGGGAGACAGCUAGAGCUGGGAGCGAUUAGAGUGACACUGGAGAGCGCAGAAGACGGUUGUGGACACAUUGUUUCUCUGCCCCACUUAAGCUCUUCUGCUUUAUUUCACCCCCAGGGGAGCAGAAACCAGAUGUACUGCCAGGCCCAAGUCAUGAUGGCAACCAGAGUUCUCUUUCUCUCAAAAUUGGCUACUUCGUUCUCCAGCUUAGCAUGCAAAGCACCUGCUCUGUGCGAUCCAGUCCCUGUUGCAGGUGAUGCUCCCUGCAGCAUAGAGGAGGAAACUAUUUUUUGUGAGGGAAAAAUAAAAAGUAUUUUCUUAUAGAUGUUUGGGUUGUUCUUGUUAAAGGAGUGUCUGGAGGAGAGAGAGAGGGGAGGCCAGAUUUUGCAUUUUAUGCCUGGCUCUGACAGUGAGUCACUGCACCCGCUUGCUUAAUCUCUGCUUGCCCAUUUGUAAAACUGACUGUCCUCAGAAACUGGAUGCUCCAUCCAUCGUGCUGUAUAAAUGCAAACUUACUUUCUUGGUGGAGUUUGCACCUAGGCACAUCCCACCUGCCCAUCUACACCGCUCUAUGCGGGCCUCAUCCUUCCCUUGUGUAUAUAUUAUUUCCUCUGCCUGUCUCCAUGUGGUUACUCUGUAGGAACAUAACAGCUACAAUAUAUUAGAUGAGUGAAUCCCUCUAGCUAAGUAUCCUGUCUCUAAUAGUGAUUAGUACAAAAGGAAGGGCCAAGAAACCCUGCAGUGAGGGGAUAAUCUGUCCUGCUGAGCCAUUCUCUCCUGACCUCAAGAGUUCAUGGUUGAUAAAUGCCCCAAUGCAGGACAGUUUGGAUCCCUUCUGGAACUCGUGGAGAUUCCCUUUAGCCAUAUACUGUCCAACCCCUUUAUGAAUGCUGCUAAGCUAUUCGCCUUGAUGAUGUCUUGUGGCAUUGAGUUCCACAGGCUAGGGUGUAGGAAAG